GAGCCUGCUGCCAUGGCCCUGCCAGGCCCCCUGCUCCUGCUGGCCGCCCUCGCCCUGCGCUGGGCCCACGGGGAGAUACCCACCGUCCGCCUGAUUGACCAAGAGGGCCCGAUCCUGGAGGGCAGCUACGUGACCCUGGAGUGUCUGACGGACGAGGCCGGAGCUGACAUGAGCCAAUUCACCUUCCAGAAAUACAGUCGGUGGCUCCAGUCCUGGGUCUCCCUGGACAAUCCCGACCGGCUGCGUUGCUGGUUCUUCGACGUGAACGUGACGCGGGCGGACGGGCGCCUCCUGCUGGCCAUCGGCGCCCUGCAGUCCUGGCACGCCGGGGCCUACCGCUGUGUGGCCGCCAACAGCACCGGCAACGCCACCGCCUCCGCCGAGCUCCGCCUGCACGUGGAGUAUCUCCGGAGCGUCUUCGUGACCCGUGUCCACACGUGGUGCGGGACCGUGGGCGACGCCGUGACCGUGCUGGAGGGCGAGGACCUGGAGCUGCAGUGCUCGGCCGACGCCUCCCAGCCCCCCCAGUAUGAGUGGAGCCGCCAGGGGGACGACUGGGUGGUGGCGUCCAGCACGCUGCCCCUGCCCCACGUGAGCCGGGAGCAGGCCGGAACCUACGUGUGCCGGGCCCAGCACCCCAGCCUGCCCCACCUGGCGCGCAGCCGGGCCGUGCGGCUGGACGUGGAGGGGGCGCAGAGCAGCUACCGGCUGGAGCCGGGCCUGGGGCUGAGCGCCCCCAUGCUGCUGCUGGCCGUGGGGCUGCCGGCCCUGCUGCUCCUGCUGCUGGUGCUGGCGCUCGGCGUCUUCGUCCUGCGGCGCCGCCAGGCCACCAAGAUCCCGGCCGGGGAGGAGCCCGGCCAGCGCACCCCGAUCUACAAAGGCAGCCUGGAGUCGGUGCCCUCGGCCGCGGGGGACCAGCAGCCCCUGGUGCUGUGA